CACAGCAAGGAGUGAGACAUGCCGGUUUUACAGAUGAAGAAACGUCAUUUUGGCCGAGAUCUCAGCAAUGGAGAAGAGGCAGUUAUGGGUUCAGAUCCUGGGGCCGAGAGAGCUCAUAGGGAACCCUUGAGAGAGGAACUAGUUGGUAUAUUAUAAUAGAGGAACUGCCCAAAGGUCAGCGGAGCUGGUGCUUAGAAGAACAUGCGGUAGAGAUUUUCAUCAAGCAAAUGGAAUACAUCACAGGACUUUGCUACCAUGGACAACUCCGCCCAGAAAGACAAACACACAGGCAGACAUCCCAGACAUGCUGACAAAAUACAGAAAGGUUUUACUGCCUCAUAUUCAACACAAUCUUCCAUUCCUUUUAAAUUGCAAACGUCAAUGAUUCCAGAAUCUGAAAAAAAAGGAUUCAGUAGUCAAGCCAAGAGAUUUUAUCAUAAGAAGGAGGAUGUCCCAGGCCCUGGGUUCUACAAUGUCAUUCACCAGUCUCCAGUAUCCAACAGUGUCUCGCUGUCCAAGAAAGGAACAUGCAUGUUCCCCUCUAUGCGUGCCCGAUUGGACACCAUCACGUCCAGAUACCCUGCAGCUAAUGCAUACACUAUCCCAUCAGAUUUUACUUCGAAGAAGGACUUCAGUAAUUCCUGUUCCAGCAUGUUCCAGUUGCCAAGCUUCAUGAAAGUUCUCAAACUUGAAACUCCUGCACCAAACUAUUACAAUGCCUCCGUCUCGUGCUGCAAGCAGAGGAACAACGUCUGUGCCCGGGCCGGGUUUAUGUCCAAGACUCAGAGAGGAUUUUUCACUGUUACUGAGAAAGGACCUGCCCCAGGGCAUUAUAAUGUCAACGAAUCCCUUGUGAAGCAGUCGCCAAAGAUAUUAAUGUCUUGUUUUAAAUCAAAAACCGACCGUGGAUUCAAACUGACGUCAACAGGCCCGGGACCUGGUUAUUACAACCCCAGUGAUCGCACGAAAGCUCCGAAAAAGACUCUUUUUCCGAAAAACCCCAUGCUGAACUUCUCUGCCCAGCCUCUGCCUCUGCCCCCAAAGCCGCCUCUCCCAGGACCGGGUCAGUACGAGAUCGUGGACUACACAGGACCCCCCAAGCACUUCAUCUCCAGUGCAUCGUUUGUGUCCAACACCAGCCGGUGGACGGUGGUGUCAGCCCAGCCAGGUCUGCCUGGCCCAGCUACGUACAAGCCAGAGUUCCCGGGAAAGCAGUCCUUCCUCUACAAUGAGGACAACAAGUGGAUCCCAGUGUUGUAG